AAUGUGUGUAAGUUUUACCCUACAAUUAUCUGUUAACCCGAAUCAUCAACCUGCGGAUAAAAAAAAUUAAAAUUAUUAUCAAAAUCAUUAAACUAAUAACUCAUUACCAUAAAUCAAUUACUUUUUUUGUUCGAAUUAUAAAAUUUUCGAAUUAAUAAAUUUUACGUGAUAUAUGAACACAUGAUUACACAGUUAACUAAAUUAAACCAUUGCUAAGCUGCUAAUUAUCCAGCCAUGGCAGUUUGGUGGAGGAAUAUAAGCAGCUCAAGGAAGCAGCUAAGCUAUCUGUGUGACAGAGACAUUGCAUCAGUUCAAAAAUUACGUUAUCAAUCAACAUUGAGGUGCAAAAUUUCUGAUGCUGUUCCAGAUAUACGUAGAGUGAACAAGAACAUCACAAAUUUGAUUCGAAAUGGUCGAUUAGAGGAUGCUCGGGUAUUAUUUGAUGAGUUAACACAUCGAAAUACAGUUACUUGGAACUCAAUGAUUAGUGGGUAUGUGCAACAGCGUGAGAUUGUGAAAGCACGGUACCUGUUUGAUGAAAUGCCGCAGAGGGAUGUUGUUUCUUGGAAUUUGAUGAUUUCUGGUUAUUUGUCUUGUAGAGGGAGAGGGUAUUUGGAGGAGGGUAGGAAUCUGUUUGGUGAAAUGCCUGAGAGAGAUUAUGUUUCUUGGAAUACUAUGAUUAGUGGGUAUGCUAAAUGUGGGAGAAUGGAUGAAGCGUUGGAGGUUUUUGAGUGUAUGCCUGUGAAAAAUGUUGUGUCUUGGAAUGCGGUGAUUUCGGGUUUUUUGCGUAAUGGGGAUGUGAAAACUGCUGUUGAGUAUUUUAAGAGAAUGCCAGUGAGGGAUUCGGCGUCUUUUAGUGUACUUGUAUCCGGUUUGAUACAGAACGAGGAAUUGGAUGAGGCGGAACAUUUUCUGUAUGAAUUUGGAGAGUGUAAUGAUGGGAAAGAAGAUAUGGUUCAUGCAUAUAACACUUUGAUUGCCGGAUAUGGUCAGAAAGGAAGAGUUGGUGAUGCUAGACGCAUUUUUGAUAACGUUCCAUCUUUUAGCGGUCAGGGAAAUAGCAAAAAGAAGAAAUUUGAGAGGAAUGUGGUAUCGUGGAAUUCCAUGAUCCUGGCUUAUAGCAAAGCAGGAGAUUUGGUUUCUGCAAGAGAACUUUUUGAUCAGAUGACGGAGAGGGAUAUAUUUUCAUGGAACACAAUGGUUUGUGGCUAUGUCCAUGCGUCAAAUAUGAGUGAAGCAUCAAGCCUGUUUUCUAAAAUGCCAAAUCCUGAUGUACUAACAUGGAAUUCAAUCAUCUCUGGAUAUGCACAGGCGGGAAAGUUGGAAUUGGCACGUAAUUAUUUUGAAAGGAUGCCCCACAAGAAUCGGGUUUCUUGGAAUUCAAUGAUCUCGGGGUGUGAAAGAAAUGCAGACUAUGAAGGAGCAAUAAAGUUAUUCAGGACGAUGCAACAGGCAGGAGAGAAACCUGAUAGACACACACUUUCCUCACUUCUAAGUGUUUGUGCUGAAACUGUGGCAUUGUUUCUGGGUAUGCAGAUUCAUCAGCUAGUGACAAAGACUGUUAUACCAGAUAUACCUUUAAACAAUUCCCUAAUAACCAUGUAUGCAAAAUGUGGCAAAAUACAUGAAGCAAGGGUAAUUUUCGAAAAGAUGAAAUUUCAAAAGGACGUAAUCUCAUGGAAUGCAAUGGUCGGAGGAUAUGCAUCUCAUGGUUUUGCAUUUGAAGCGCUAGAGCUUUUUGAAUUAAUGAAGUGCCUGAAAGUGAGGCCAACUCACAUCACGUUCAUUUCAGUUCUGAAUGCAUGUGCUCAUGCUGGUUUAGUGGAUCAAGGUCGGUUAUAUUUUAAAUCUAUGGAAUCUGAAUUCGGCAUCAAACCUGAGAUUGAACAUUUUGGCUCCCUUGUGGAUAUUGUUUGUCGAGAUGGGCAACUUGAGGAAGCCAUGAAAGUGAUUAACACUAUGCCACUGGAGCCAGAUAAGGCUGUCUGGGGUGCAGUACUAGGUGCUUGUAGGGUGCACAACAAUGUUGAGUUGGCGCGAAUAGCAGCUGAAGCGCUAAUGCGCCUAGAACCAGAGAGUUCAGGUCCUUAUGUUUUGCUGUAUAACAUGUAUGCUGAUGCUGGAAGGUGGGAUGAUGCAAAUGAAAUCAGGAUGUUGAUGGAAACAAAUAAGAUAAGGAAGGAGCCCGCUCAUAGCACGGUCGGCUCUACUUCCUCAUAGUGAUUUCCGAAAUUGUGAAUCUUGAUCACUCGAAGAAUUUGGACCGAGUUGACUAUGUUGGGGCUUAAGUCAUUAGAAGAAAGAUGUCACAUGCAGUGUCUUGCCGAUCAUUUGCAGUAUCCCUUGCUUUGACAAAAUAAUGCAACAAUGCUGUUAAACCCCUGUGUCAUAGAACUAAGAGUUCCUAAUCUUUGGACUUUGUAUGAAGUUCAACUGGAGAGUUACUCCUGUUUGCCUUUUUUUCCUGAUAAUUAUGGUUCUUCCUUCACAAUUAUUGGUUUUUUAUUGCUUACUGGAGAAUGGAGAUGACCAUGUUCAUUGCUCUAAUUCAUGUCAGGCAACACUGCUCUCUGACAUCAAGCAUUUCCACCAGAACAAUCAGAAAAGAGACCAAAGCUUAUUAGGAUGGAGAACGUUAACAUCGAUGCAAAUGCUCCAACUUCUCAACAUGUAUUCAAAUAACUGAAGAGGAGCUUGUGGGGUUUGAGGAUGAUGCUGAGAAGCUAAUUCAUUUACUGACUAAAGAAACAGAGGAUCUGGAUAGUAUAUCUAUUGUUGGCAUGCCUUGUCUAGGGAAGGCAACUUUGGCCACAAAGACAUUCAAAGAUCCUUCUAUUGUUUUGUCGCUUUGACAUUCGAGCAUGGUGUGCUGUCUCACAAACAUAAAAUCCGAGAGAGCUAUUAAUUGACAUCGUUGGGCGAGUCACAGGCGUGCAUCACAGUGAUGGUAUAGCUGAUAUGUUGCUCACAUGUUUGAUUGGCAAAA